CGGUCUAUAUGACGAACAUGGACUGUAAACCCAAGGACGUAGAGGACGGUUGCAUCACGUUCAACAAGCAACGGGAGAUGAUCGUGGUGUGGGACGAUCAUAACUCCACGAGGAGAAAGAUAUGCACCUCCCGGAAGAACCUAACGUUCCUCUACGGCGUGAUGGCGUACGCGAUCGACUACGACGACUGGAACUACGAAUGCCCGCAGCUGAGCCCGUACGGCCCGUACAGCCGGUUGCGGCUACUCUACAAGCUGAACGACUACCUGCGCGGCUACUUCUACAGCGAAGACGACUAUCCCGGCUGCAUGAAGGUCGAGCCCGACUUCGUCUCGGUCGAAGACUUCCGCAAGAUCAAAACCUGGCCGGAAGGGGGCGUCUGAGGCAGGACGGGACCAGCGCGAGCAUUGGUCGAGCG